AUGUCGGUCGCAGGACUUGAAUCACUUGCCGCGGCUAUUUCAGUUGUGCACAUUGCGCUUGUGAAGGAAUUCAAGACGUCUCGUGAGGACCCGACCUUCGCGCUUCUCUACGUCGGCGUAUGGACUCUUAUCGAACUCAACAUUGCCAUUAUCUUUGCAUCUUUACCACCUUGCCUCUGA